AUGCGCGGGCUACCCUGCAACGGCCAGCCGAGUCCGCAAACAGCUACUGUACAAGCCAGAAGUACAUCGGCCCCUGCGCCAAGCGGGAGCGUUGAUGACUCUAUCCUCGGUCGGCUUCGUAAGCUGGAGCAAGCGGUAUUCGGGUCCGGACCCGCCGCGGAGAACGGAGCUUCCACGGACCUUUCAUCAACUAUUCCGGCAUCUAGCUUAGAAGAUGGAAGACGCCGGGAUCGGCAUCACAGCAUUGUUGGAGAGGUGCAGAGACAGCCGCCGUCGCGGUUGCCACGACGGUCUUUGAUGAAUAGCGAGAGGCAACAGACGGCCAAGUUCCUUGACUCUACGUUCACCCGUUACGGUCUCCAUGUCUCGUUACCACAUGACAAGGUCGAUUACCGCGUUGCCAACUUCAGCCAGUUUCCCAAAACACCGUCCUCCACAGCAACCGGCCUUACUCCCACCGAAAUUGGAGACGGAAGACCUUCAACCUGGCUCAUGACCCAAAAAGAAGCCCUAAAUUUUCUUGACGACUUCAUCAGCAAUCCUUUUCACUUGCUUCCCAUCAUCCACGUGCCUGCUACCAGGUCUGUCAUCAACGCGUUCUACACCAGCCUAUCCCAAGGCGAGGACCCAAACCCUGCGCACGCGGCUUUAAUCCUUGGUAUCGCUGCAACCAGCGCGUUCUUUUUUAGUGGAAAUUCCGAGGCCUCCAACACUUUCACAUCCUCGGAGGAGGCCACAAAGACUGCCCUCACUUGGGUCCGAUCUGUACUCAACAUUUUUGAGCAGUCUCCGCCUUGUACACUUGGGUGUCUUGAAGAAGUUCAAGCGAGAGUGAUACUAUCUUACCUCGUGUACAACUUUGAGGGUUGCUCGGGGCGUUUUAGAUUCUUACAUUCAUGUUCUGUGGCGGCUGCCCGUGAAGGGUCUCUUCACAUAGUAGACAGUCCGAGUCUAGAACAACAGAAUGACGCCGUGACUCGGGAAAUCAAAAGAAGGAUAUGGUGGCAUAUUGUUGCCACGGAUUGGAUGCUUGGCCUUAUGGGUGGUCCUACGGAUGGGACAUAUAGCGUUCAUCCAAGGCAUAUGAACGUGAGAUACCCACGAAACAUCAACGACGACGACGAGAGUCUAUUAGACGAGACGAUAAACCAUCCACCCGAUGUAGCGACAAAUCUAUCUUGCUUCCUUCGACGGAUUCAACUCGGGGAGAUCAGCCGCUCCAUCAUCGACGCCAGAGCCCCAGGGAAUCCCGAAACCGAGAUCGCAGACCCCGACCAAGUCCUCCAGCUAGACCGCCUCUUUUCAGAUGUCCUUUCCGAGCUUCCGCCCUUCUUGAAACCGGAUGGACCGAUACCUCCCGGAGCACCUCCCUACCUCGCUCUCCAGAGAGACGUCGUUCUCUUGGGAUUCCACUCGCGCCGAGCCCGGCUCCAUCGUCCCUUCUUACUCCACGAGACUCAAGAUGCGGCGAAUCAGCAAUCGCGCGACAUUUGUCUUCAUUCAGCCCGUAUCGUCCUCUCCAUUGCCACGCGUCUGCUGAAGAGUUCGCAAACGAGACAAUCUAUGCCAUCUCACAACACGAGAGCCAUGGGCCGGCGUUUAGGGUGCGUGAUAGGCCACAUGUUCAUGGUAUGCACCAUUCUGGCACUGAACGCGGGGGUGGAGACGAGCCGCAAACAACAUGGGGUAUGCGAAGAUGGGGCCGGCACCGUCACGGACGCAACGGCAGAUACGCAUGCUGAGGUGGCGGAGGCCUGCCGCGCUCUUGCGACGGCGGGGGAAGUCUCAGCCGUUGCGGCACGGCUGGUGCAUAAUCUUGCUUCCGUGCUGCGUCGCUAUCGCGUGCAGGGAGUCGACGAUGUUGGUGUUGCGGAGCCAGAUCGUCCGCCUGAAGCCUCUUCAAACGUGCUCGAUGAUUUGCGUAAGGAGGCUCCGUCCCUUAGUGGCGGUGUGAACGGCGAGGAUCAUGAAUCCGGGAUUGACAACAUUGCUAUGGCUAAUGGGGACUUUGGUCUCGAUGGACUUUGGGAUGGCCUUGUGGCCGAUACUUCUACAGCAUACGGCUGGGAUCAACUGUUUGCUGGGUUGGACUCUUACUGUGGCCCUACAUGA